GCUGCUGGAGGGACACACAAAAGCCCUUUGUCCAGGCCACCAGGGUGGUUCCCUGGAGGAAUGCUCUGGAGGCUGACCCCUCCCUGAAGGCUUGGGGUGGGGGUGGGGGUCCCAACACAGAGCUGGCAGCCCUAUCAGCAGGUAGAACUACUUUGGGCCAAGGUUAGAUGGGGCCCCAGAAAUCUCCCCUGUAAGGAAGCAGCCCAGAAUUGUGGGGCACCAAGGCACACUCUCUGGGGAUUCCAGGGUCUUCUCACCACCUCAAUAGGGGAAUGGUCAUUCCUGAUCUCAGAGGCUGUGUUUGCAGUAACUUUUAAUAAAUUGUAAAUUCAGAGGCAGCUCUCAAAACAGUCGUAGUCACCCCCACCACCAAGUGCUGGCGACUGUAGAGUUGGAUCACCAGAGACAGGGGGACCUCCGGGUGAACCUGAGGUCCAGCUCUCCCAAACAGAGAAAAACUGACAUUAUCCACUUAACACAAAUUUCUUCCUUGGGACAUUGAGAGAUCUUUCCUUCACUGUAAGGAUGAAGCCAAUCGGAGACAACUGGUGUCAGCGCUCCAGGCAAAUUCCUGAGGCGCUCAGCAAUCCCAGCAUUACACAGCACUAUGGGACAGCCUGGAGGGUGGGCCAGGCCCAGCGGGGCACUUUGAUGGCUCUUCCUUCUCCUCCCACCACACCGGAUUGAGAGGCAGGAGGGCCUCCGGCAGCAGUCCCAGCCCCGCCCCGCCCCCCACCACUGCCUGUGCGUUCUCCCUCCACCGCAAACCUGUUUCUCCACCUAGAUCUUCAGGUUGGGGCCUGGCGAGGAAACUGAGGACACGGGUAAGGCAGUGAGUGCUGCCAGGACCUGGCCUGUCUAAGGCAGACAGGGGAACUCCAGUCUUCUGGGAGGGAGCUUGACCCAUCAUCAGGCUACAGCUAUGGCGGGCCCGCGGCACCCAGUGUCAGUACACGCAGUGGCACUGGUGCAGACAGAGAGGCUCCAGACAUUCGCCUUCUCUGUGCGCUGGUCAGACAACAGCAACACCUUCGUGCGAAGGAGCUGUGACGAGUUCAGGAGGCUCCACAAGACCCUCAAGGAGACCUUCCCGGUGGAGGCAGGCCUACUGCGGAGAUCUGACCGAGUUCUCCCCAAGCUUCCUGACAUAUCUGCAUUGCUGCUGGCACGUGGGGGUCGCACAGGCCGCAGCCUGGCACACCUGAGGUUGCUGGAGACCUAUUUGCAGAUGCUGCUGGUGGUAGAGUGCGUGUCCAGGGGGCCAGUGCUCACCGGCUUUUUUGAGCCACAGCCUCAGGACCUGGAACCUUCACUGCCACCUGGCAGCCUGGUGAUCUUGACUGUCUGGGAAGAACCCCUGCCCUGCCCUGCAGGAAGCCUUGCCACUGGCAGCACGGUGGCUCUGAGACUGCACUCCCUGCAGCCCUUCAGCACCCAGGACACAAGGGGCCAACCCUUUCUUGUGCAAGCCCAGGAGGCACUAGAAGUGCUGCUUCGACACCCCUCAGGCUGGUGGCUGGUAGCUAACGAGGACCAGCAGAUGGCAUGGUUUCCUGCUCCCUACUUGGAGGAGGUGGCCCUGGGCCAGGGACAAGAUGGGGGAGAGCCCCUAGAGAGCAGCGGCUCCCAGUUUUAUGUUUCCCAAGCCUAUGAGGGCAGCCGAGUCGACGAGCUGUCAGUGCCUGCGGGGGCAAGAGUGCAAGUGCUGGAAAUGUCAGACCGAGGCUGGUGGCUGUGCAGGUUCAGUGGACGCGUGGGUCUUCUGCCCUCUGUGCUACUGCAGCCAGAUGGGCUAGGUGUGCUCCUGAGCAGACCGGGACUCUACUCUGGGGCAGAGGGUAGUGAAGAUGGGGUAGGCGAGGCCCAAAGCUCCUCUCAGUCCCCCCAGGCCGUGACCCUUCCCCCUACUGUGCCCACCCGCCCCCUGCCGAGUGCCAUUCAGAGGUGCUGCUGUACCAUUACUUGUAGGGCACUGGGGUGGGGCCCACGGGGUCAGGGACCUCCUUGAGGGCAUGUGGAACUACAUGGAGGUUCCAGACCCCAGCGAAACUGAUGGCAGCCAUACCGCCCUCAGGGCAGGGGAGGUGCAUUUGAGGUUGGGAAUCCCUGGCUGGCAGGGCCAGGAGGCUAUACUUCCCCAUUUCCUUUGAGUAAAGUUCUG